UCGGCGCUCGUGGCGAGCGGAAGUGGGGCGCCGGCAGCUGGGCGUCCGCGGCCCGGGUUUUCCGCGAGCCUCCCGGACCCCGUCUGAGCAGGCGGCGGGCGGCGGCAGGCAGAGGCUGGAGCAGGUUACUUCUAUAACUGGAUUACCAGUUAGUUCUAGGAAACACAAUGUCUCGAUUAAGGCAACCCCCUCUUGUGACAGGCAUCUCUCCAAAUGAAGGAAUACCAUGGACGAAGGUCACAAUCAGAGGAGAAAACUUGGGCACUGGCCCCACCGACCUCAUAGGCUUGACAAUUUGUGGACAUAAUUGCCUCCUGACAGCAGAAUGGAUGUCCGCAAGUAAAAUAGUGUGUCGAGUGGGUCAAGCUAAAAAUGACAAAGGAGACAUUAUUGUCACAACCAAGUCAGGUGGCAGAGGAACCUCAACGGUCUCUUUCAAGCUACUCAAACCUGAAAAAAUAGGCAUUUUGGAUCAGUCUGCUGUGUGGGUAGAUGAAAUGAAUUAUUAUGAUAUGCGUACUGACAGGAAUAAAGGAAUUCCUCCCUUGUCACUGCGUCCUGCUAAUCCUCUUGGCAUUGAGAUUGAAAAAAGCAAGUUUCCCCAGAAGGACUUAGAAACGCUGUUCCAUGGAAUGAGUGCUGAUUUCACAAGUGAGAAUUUUUCAGCUGCCUGGUAUCUCAUAGAGAACCACUCAACCACCAGUUUUGAACAGCUCAAGAUGGCAGUCACCAACCUCAAGAGACAGGCUAACAAGAAGAGCGAGGGUAGUCUGGCUUAUGUGAAAGGGGGUCUCAGUACAUUCUUUGAAGCACAAGAUGCCCUUUCAGCCAUCCAUCAAAAACUAGAAGCGGAUGGAACGGAAAAAGUAGAAGGAUCCAUGACACAAAAACUGGAGAAUGUUCUGAACAGAGCAAGUAAUACUGCGGACAUGUUAUUUCAAGAAGUAUUAGGUCGAAAGGACAAGGCAGAUUCCACUAGAAAUGCACUCAAUGUGCUUCAGCGAUUUAAGUUUCUUUUCAACCUUCCUCUAAAUAUUGAAAGGAAUAUUCAAAAGGGUGAUUAUGAUGUGGUUAUUAAUGAUUAUGAAAAGGCCAAGUCACUCUUUGGAAAAACGGAGGUGCAAGUUUUCAAGAAAUAUUAUGCUGAAGUAGAAACACGGAUUGAAGCUUUAAGAGAAUUACUUCUGGAUAAAUUGCUUGAGACACCUUCGACCUUGCAUGACCAAAAACGUUAUAUAAGGUAUCUGUCUGACCUCCACGCCCCGGGUGACCCUGCCUGGCAAUGCAUUGGAGCCCAGCACGAAUGGAUCCUGCAGCUCAUGCACACCUGUAAGGAGGGCUUUGUGAAAGACCUGAAAGGUAAUCCAGGCCUGCACAGCCCCAUGCUGGAUCCUGACACUGAUGUCCGUCCCUCAGUGUUGGGUCAUCUUGGCCAGACAUCGUCACUGAAGAGGGGCAGCAGCUUUCAGUCUGGCCGAGAUGACGCAUGGAGAUACAAAACUCCCCACAGGGUGGCAUUUGUUGAAAAAUUGACCAAGCUUGUCAUAAGUCAGCUGCCUAACUUCUGGAAACUCUGGAUUUCAUAUGUUAAUGGAAGCCUUUUCAGUGAGACUGCUGAGAAGUCAGGCCAGAUUGAAAGAUCAAAGAACGUAAGGCAAAGACAAAAUGAUUUUAAGAAAAUGAUUCAGGAAGUGACGCACUCACUUGUGAAGCUGAUCCGCGGGGCCUUGCUCCCACUCAGCAUCUGGGACAGCAGCGAGAUGCUGCAGUACGGGGGCUGGGAGGUGAAGUCUGAGCUCUCUGGACAGUGGUUCACGCACACCAUCCAGACCAUCAGGCUUACUUAUGAAUCGUUGACUGCCCUUGAAAUUCCCAACGACAUGUUACAGACGAUCCAGGAUCUCAUUUUGGAUCUUCGAGUACGUUGUGUAAUGGUCACAUUGCAACACACAGCAGAAGAGAUAAAGAGAUUAGCUGAAAAGGAAGACUGGAUUGUUGAUAAUGAAGGACUGACUUCUCUGCCAUGUCAAUUUGAACAGUGCAUCGUGCAUUCCCUGCAGUCCCUGAGGGGUGUUCUCGAGUGCAAGCCUGGAGAGGCCAGUGUCUUUCAACAACCUAAAACACAGGAGGAGGUUUGCCAACUAAGCAUCAAUAUUAUGCAGGUUUUUAUAUACUGUCUGGAACAAUUGAGCACCAAGCCUGAUGCAGAUACAGAUACUGCACAUCUUUCCAUUGACGUGUCUUCUCCUGAUUUGUUUGGAAGUAUCCAUGAAGACUUCAGUUUGACCUCUGAACAGCGAAUUUUGAUAGUCCUAAGUAACUGCUGCUAUCUAGAACGCCACACCUUCCUGAACAUAGCAGAACAUUUUGAGAAGCACAACUUCCAGGGAAUAGAGAAAAUAACACAGGUUAGCAUGGCGUCAUUGAAAGAACUAGACCAAAGGCUCUUUGAAAAUUACAUUGAGUUGAAAGCAGAUCCCAUUGUUGGCUCCUUAGAACCUGGAAUUUAUGCAGGCUAUUUUGAUUGGAAAGACUGCCUGCCUCCAACAGGUGUCAGAAACUAUUUAAAAGAAGCAUUGGUGAAUAUAAUUGCCGUGCAUGCAGAGGUGUUCACUAUUUCCAAAGAAUUGGUGCCUCGGGUACUAUCCAAAGUGGUAGAAGCAGUUUCUGAAGAGCUCAGUCGAUUGAUGCAGUGUGUUUCAACCUUUAGCAGAAAUGGAGCAUUACAGGCGAGACUCGAAAUCUGUGCUUUGCGAGAUACUGUGGCUCUUUACCUGACUCCUGAAAGCAAGUCUAGUUUUAAACAGGCUUUGGAAGCCCUGCCUCAGCUUUCAAGUGGAGCAGAUAAAAAGUUACUGGAAGAGCUUCUGAACAAGUUCAAAAGCAGCAUGCACUUGCAGCUCACCUGCUUCCAAGCAGCUUCUUCAACCAUGAUGAAAACAUAAAUACCUGCCAAUAAGGGCAGUCCUGAAAGAUAACAAGUGGAACACGCAGUGCUUUCCCAAGAACCUUCAUGUGCAAGAUUGCUGAGUCCCUAUAAAGUGAGCAGAACCCAUAUUUUUACAUCUGGACUUUACCAAGGAGAAAACUGAGGUUAGGAGGAAGUUAAUGGCUUACCUAUGGUCACAAACUAGCUUGUGAAAGGGAUGAAAGAAAACCAAGGCCACCGAGUCUUCAGGCCAACCCUCUCGUCUCUGGGACAAAGACAUCAGCUUGUAACCUCAGAAACAAAGUCUGUGGCAGGUGCUCAGUGAAGACGGAAAAGGGGUUAAGGCUGUGGGUGGGAGACGAGCACAGAAACGGGAUUGCGGCAACCGGGAUUAGCCUAGCCUCGGUUUCAGGCUCUAGUAGCCCCUGCGGGUAAGGGGCCGGCAGGACGCUCUUCUCACGGCCUCGCUUCUCUGUGCGCAGGGCAGGUCCUGUGAGGAGGCUCUGCACAGGCUUCGUGGAGGCCAGACCGGCGUGAGCCCACUUCAUUUUAGGAAACCUCAGUGCUCUUUCAUUUGCAAGAAAUCCUAUAAAUACUUUCAGUCAGAAAAAAAAAAAAAAAAAAGGUGUUUCUUUAUAAAAAUAGACCAUACCUUUGAUAACUCACCCCACAAAUGAAACUAAUUUUGGAUAUUUUAAAAACAUGGAGAUACUCAUUUAAAGAACACACAGUAAUGAGUGACCCAAACAUAGUUGGGCGAGAAAACUUUCUAAGCAGGUUCAGAGUUUUACGAAACUCUCCAAGUCAGUGUCUCUGCGCACAUGGCCUUAGAUCAGUGUGAGUUAAAAUCCCAUGCUCAGGGCAGGAAUUUCCUGACUUCCUUCUUGGCCCAAUACAGAGUUUCCUCUUCUCUCCAGACUGGGCUGCUCCGGUGGCCUGGUGCGAAGCCUCCCGCUUCCUUGCGCACGGCCGUGCCCCGCUGCGGGAAGAAAGCCAGUCGAGGGCGGGUCACUCACUCUGUUGUCUCAGAUGUGAGCUUCGCCGCUCCAGCUGGGUGCUCUGGAGGCUGUUUGAGAACACGCACCGAGUCACGCACACGUGGGGCUGGAAGUCAGAGGCUGCUGCCGCACCUGCAUCUCUGGCCCACACCUUCCUCCUCUGCGGGGGGUCCCAAGGCCCUGGCAGCUGAAGGUCACCUGUGGUCACCAAGCUCAGAUUCUGGACAUCCUUUAGUCAUUUUGUGAAGACGUUUGUAAACUGUAGAGUGCUCCACACCAUUGUCUCUCGAUCAGGUGGUAGUUCUCUUCCCACAGGAACCCGCAGUAGAACUGGGGUGCUGGUACUGUUACCCUCUGAAUGGGAAGACGAGAGGGGGCAGAGAGGCGGGCACUCCUAUGCUGCCCUCUCUGAGCGCCUAAAGCCUUCAUUCCCCAAGGCAGACCCAAGACCCUCGGUUUCCUCUCUCCACCCCACCAAGCUGCAAAUGGAACUUCAGAAGUUGAGAGCUGCCUUGGCCUUCUGGGAUGGCACGUGCUGGACAGGCUCCUGCUGCCGCUGUGAUAGCGUGUGGCUCCCUGCAUACAGCACAACAACAACUCUGUUAAAAUUUCAUUCACAUUUGAAUAAAAAUCUGUUUUAGUAGUAUUUGUUUCAUAGCUUUAUCAUGAUACUGGUCUAUGUAAGAUGCUGACAUUAGGGGACAGGUGAAGGGCGUAUGGACACGCUGCACUAUCUUUGCAACUCUUCUGUAAGUCUAAAACUUUUUUCAAAUUAAAUAGUUGGAAAAGAAGUUGAGGGCCAUCUUCUAGACCUGUUGGAAGUUCAAGUAACACCCAAGCAGCUCUUACCCCUGCCACCCUCCGAGGUUGCGAGGGAGUGGGUCUGUUGUCCACAGCAGGGCUGACAGUGAGGGAAGCGGUUUGGAAAGAGUUGGAACUGAAGAUGGCUCCUGCCAUUCCCAGUUAGCUCUAGGAACUCCCCUGAAAGGCACGUGCCCCUGUUCCAGUGCACGCUGUCACCUCUGCAACCAAACCGACCCAGAGCCAUCACUCUCCCCUGUCCUCACUGUUUGAUGGUCUCCAAGAAGGACUGGGCUAGGACGGAUUCCCAGACUCGAGGACAGUGACGUGUCCCUGCUCACAGACAGCCUUGUACCCUGAGUCAGAGUCUUUCCAGGGGAUACCCCCAAAGCCUUGGAAGGAAGCGAUUCACUUCUAUUCCUUUUUCCAGCCAUUUUUCUCAGCAACCAUUUUUUAGUACCUAGUAUAGGUAAAGUGUCACGCAGUCGUGACACAUAGUAGAUCCUGAGCCAGGCUCGGUGGCCACACCGUUUCGGGGGGCUCCUAGCUGUGGGUGCAUGUUGGCACACUCGGACUCCUUCCCACCACCCCUGACCACAGGCACUUCCCUGUGACUCAGAGCCGUUUGCCCCUGAGUGGACGCAUUGUCUCCAAGACGCAGGUGUGUUGGAUCAAAUGCACACGGUGCUGCGUGACAUCCACACUGCCAGCCAGGACGUGGGCCUUUGAAUGACAGCCAAGCUCCACAGUCCCAGACUCAUUUCUCUCCUUGUUUUCCUGGUGCCACCAACACCAUCAUCCUUCAAAGAUUCCCAGCUGUUAUUCUGGAAUGUUCUCUAAUCCUUCUGUCACCUCCCAGCUUCUCCUCCUCCCAGGCCAGUCUCCUGUCCUGCCCUUCCUUCUACAAAGGGUCUCCUGGAUCCACCCCUCCCAUCACCAUCUGUCACCUGUCCUGGGAAGAAUGACGUUCUAAAGGGAAAUCUGACUAUACAUCAACAUGAAAAGCAUGGCAACUUGAAGGAAAAGGUUCUUUCAGGCCCAUGUGAAAGCCCAGAGCGGUGCUCCUGGUCAGGGGCCCCAGGCGGCACCUGCAAAUGGCACCAACUUCCCUGGCUGGGCUCUGCCGAGGGCCGGGUUUUGCAAAACUUUCCUUCCAUUCCGGGCUCAAGGGACAAUGGGAAAUACCAAGGGUCGCCUGGGAGACCUGCUCCAGGCCAGACCAGGACACGGCGCCCAUCCUCCUGCCCACGUCCUUCACGGCCUGCACACGGCGUCAUGGAGCCACGCGGCCUGCCCUGAGGAGGACCUGCCAUGCGGCCACACGUGGUACGCUAGGAGUCCAGCCAGCUCGUGCAGUUUGUAAAAACACACAGAGCCCCCUUCCCCAUGCACUGCCAGGCAUGCUUCCCAUUCUUCCUGGAGAGGACACUGGUGCACUUCCCCAGAUCCCGCCACCUUUCUGCCCCAGCGCCUGCCAUUUGAAUGUCUUUGAAGGCCCACCAACCAACGUGAUGUCUGAAUUCCUGAGUCUCAUCAUGCUGGUCCCUUUCCCCGGCUCAGGCUCCCCAUCCUAACCCAUCUCUGGGCACCCUCAGGGCUGCCCUGCUCUGCUAUCUCCCUGGCAAACCAGCCACCAAUGGGGACGUGAGCAGGUGCCCAGGCACACUAGCUCUUGGGCUGACAUCAGCCACGCGAAGCCAGGCAGGAGAUGGGAACAGCCUUGCCUUGAUCAGAGGCCACCUCUCCUCUCAGCGUCCCCUCUCGUCGUGAGUCUGCUCUGGGCCCUCCUCCUCUAAGCUCCCGGAGACAGGAGCCCGCUGCCUGUAGGCCCAGCCUGCCGUGUCAUCCUGUGUCUCCAUAAACCUCACCCCUCUGUAAACAGCCCCGUUACUAAACCAUUGCAGAAUCCUCUAGGUUGGUGACCAUCACCUGACUUCCUGAGUCCUGCUGGUUCCCCCCAGACAUGCAGGUCCACACCAACCUGGCCCUGCCUGCUUCCUGUCCUGCCCCCGUGACGGCCACCUCAACCUUCACCUCUGUCUUCAGGCCACAUGCUCAACCUUCAUCUUUAUUUUCAGGUAACCUUGUCUUCUUAUCGAGAAAUGCAGGUCCUCAGGCAUGAUUCCCACAACCUCUGACUCCAGCUUUAGGUAUACAAAAAUGUUAGGAGCGGGUGGGCCACUCCAGCCACUGAUGGGUUUCCCUCAUUCUCUCCUCAGUUCGGUUUGUCUCACAAAGGAUUAUACAUGCACCUCUGGCCCUCCUUUGUCACCUGUCUUCUUAGUGCCCCGCAGUCUGAAUUCCACCCCUGCACACUGGUGAAACUAUCCUCAGCGAGAUGACCAGUAGCUUCCAAAUUGCCAGAUCAUAUCUACAUUUUCAAAUCUUACCUAAUGGAGCAUUUUGACAUUUUGAUCCCUCCUUCAAAUAAUUUUUCAUUACCUAAGUAGUUUUGUUGAAUGUUGAAAAAAUGCUAAUAUAAAGAUAAGCCCCCCAAAAAGACUUGUAGUCCUACUGUCUAGCAACAACCAUUAACAUUUUACUGUAUAGCCUUCCAGAUGCUUCUAUGCAUACAUAUUAAAUGGAUUAUAUACGGGAAUUAAUGAUAUGUAACAUUUAGUACCCACUUUUAAAAUAUGGUCAUCUUUCCUUGUCAAAAAUACAAAGACACGUUCAUUUGAAUGGCUACAUUGGAUUCCAGUAUGGAAUUGUUUACAUUUGGAAAUGUUGGUUCUUGCCAAUUUUUCCUUAUUAAGGAACAACCUUGUGAUGAAUGGGCUUCUUAGUGCUCCAUAUUUUUAUUUAUUCUAAUUGUUUUCUUAGAAUAAGUUGUUAGAAGUCACAGCCCUGCUGCCAACUGUCAGCCCACAUGCCAGCUGCCCCAUUGUUUCCUAGGAUUUGCACUGUUCUAAACAAAGAAAAGAAAGCAAGAGACGGGAUGUGGUUGCAGCCUUGGGCCUGGGCCGCAGCUUUCGUGGAGGCUGGCCGACGGGCACCAGCGUGGGACGCAGGUGAUUAGGACUGUCCUGGUGCUUCUCCACCUUGGAAACAAAGUCAAACAUUCCAUAAGCUGCCUGCAUGGGCAUCUCUCAAACCUACUCUGUCUACCUCAUAAUCAUAGUCACAUUCUCCUAAAUUCUGGCAUUAUUACCUGUAAAUCUUCAUUGUUGUGUUGUGAGGCUUUUUUUCUGCACCAGCAUUUUAAUAAGAUGUCAGACAAAGCCACUGACAUCUUGAGCAUGAAGCCCAUGGGUUUGCCAUUUCCUGAGUUUAAUAUAUAUUAAUCCCCUUGGCUUCUGCAAAACCAUACCCUCCUGUUUCUCUUUGAACACUGUUUCCUCUUUUUAUCUCCUUCUUUGGCUUCUCUUCCUCCACAUGGCCCAUAAGUGCCAGCAGUUCCCAGGCUUCUACCCUGAGACAGCUUCUCUGCUCGCUCUACCGCUCUCGGGGGGAAGGGGGUCUGAGCCACUCUUAAAGUUUGAGCUUCUAGGACCCCCUUGGCCCUCUUCUGCUCCCAGACUUCGCAUCCAGCUGCCCACUAAACACCACCCAGCCUCACUUAGGGCUCUCAAAGCGGAUUUCACCACCCUGCCCCUCAGCCGGGGCCUGCCCUGGGCCGCCUGUGUCCUGGGCACACUGCGGCUGGCCCAGGCAUGUGACCCAGAAACGGCCGCUCCUGCAGACAGCUCUUCCGCCACCCUCGCGCCUGGCCAGCCACCACACACCGCUGGCCUCACCUCGGAGGAGUGUGUCGAACCGGCUGCUGCUUCAGCGUUGCUGUCAUGUCUGAGGUGGCCCUGGCGGUCUCCCACGGGAACCUGGAGAACUGAGGCUCCUUCUCAACAUUGACAUUAGGUAGGCUUGAGCCACACUAGCAUCCGGGAAUGUCAGGCCACCGUGGGCAGCAGCACAAGCGUGCAGACAGACGCCCUGUGGCACAGGCACGCAGGGACUGCUGAAAGCUGAGGGUCACGCUCUCGAGCACCCAGUCUCCCCCCACCAACAAAAAUGUGCAGAAGCCCACUGCUAGAGGAUUUUGCAGGCACUAAAGAUAAUAAAAGUGAAAAAAAAAAAAAUCUAGCUCAACUCAUUACUAGGCAGACAUCCCUCCACGCUAAUGAAGAACCUGCAUAUCUUCAAGGGUAUGUGCUUUUUACCUCAGUCUCUACUUUUCUACACAUGAUGUUUGCAAUUCAAUCAAAAAUUGGGAAACAACAAGAAUUUAAGAGAGAAAAUGUCAAGAAAUCAAGGAAUCAACAGACCACACACAGAGAUGACCAAAUGUUGGAAAUAUCAGUUAGGACUUUAAGAUGACUCUGAUCGGUCUAUGAAAGAAACUCAUGGAGAAAGUAGACAACAUGUAUGAACAAAUGGGAAAUUUCGGCAAAGAGAUAGAAAUAAUCAAAAAGAGUCAAAUGGAAAUGUUAGAAAUAAAAACAGUAUCAGAUAUAAAGUAUUUUUUGUAUAAAGCAGAUAUGAUUAUUUUUAUUUCAUAAAUUUGUGACACAGGAACUCAAAAGGCAUUGGUAACUUGAUCAAGGUCACAAAACUAGUAAAAUACAUUCUGGGACUGGAACCCAAGUCUGCCCGAAUCUGACACAGCAGUCACUCUGCAGGAUUGUUUCUGGACAUAAGCCAUUCCCUCGGUGGGCUUUAGCAGAGUGGACGUCGCUGAGCAAACAGGUCAGUAGAAAUUAUCCAAAAAGAAACAAAAGUGGGAAGGGAGGAUGGCAGACACUGAACAGAGCAUCCAAAAGAUGUCAAACAAUAUUGAAUGGUCUGACCUAUUCUUAUUGGACCUCCAGAAAAAAAUAAACAAAAGGAAGCAAAAAUCUUUGAAGAGAUAGUAGCUGAAAAUUUUCCAAAACUAAUGAAAUGAAAGACAACAAACCACAGAGCCAAGAGGCUCUGGAAGUCUCAAGCAGGAUAAAUGCAGCAUCCCCCGCCCCCCACACACCAGUCUAAUUAGCAUGUUCCAUUGACCGAGAAAACCUUCAAGUGGCCAGAGGAAAAGAAACAUUAUAUAAUCACAGAUGGUUUCACAUCUGUGCAAGCCAGAGACAAUGGAGCAACAAGUACAGUUGUACUCUUAUCCAUGGUUUUGUUUUCUGCGGUUUCAGUUACCCAUAGUCAUCUGCAGUCCUGAAACAUUAAAUGGAAAAUUCCAGAAAUAAACAACUUAUAAGUUACAGAGUUUAAAUUGUGUGCCAUUCUGAGUAGUGUGAUGGAGUAGCCGGCACACUCCCUCCCUUUGUCGUCACAAGAAGGAUGAGCACAGUACAAUAAGAGACUCUGAGAGUGAGAGGGAGGCCACAUUACGUAACUUUUAUCAUAGUAUAUUGUUAUAAUUGUUCUAUUUUAUUAUUAGUCAUUGUUAACCUAUUUCUGUGCUUGAUUUGUAAAUUAAACCUCACCAUAGGUGUGUGUGUGUAUAGGGAAAAUCACAUUAAUACUACAUACAGAGUUCAGUAAGAUUCACGGUUAUGGGCGUCCGCUGGGCUCUUGGAACAAUCCCCCACAGACAAGGGGGACUGCCAUACUGAGAGGAAAGCUGCCCGCCUAGAAUUCUAUACCAAAUGAAAUUAUCUUGCAAAAAUGAAGGUAAAAUACAGAUUUCUUUAGAUAAACUGUCUGUGACAACAUAUUUCCAGCAAACAGACGCCGAGAGAAUUCAUUUACGCAGACCUAUGCUGGGAUUCCGCGCUAGGUGGAAGCUGGUGUCCACACACACAUACUGAGAAACACUGAAAACUGUAAAAAUAAGAACAUAUGUAAAAGGAAUUUUUCUUAUUUUUAAUUGCUUUAAAAGACUGUCUAAAGAAAAAAUAGGAGUGACAUAGAGUUUAUAGCUACGUGGAAGUGAAAUUUAUGGCAAUAAUGGCAUGAGAAUGGAAAGGAGAAAGCCAUGAUGUUGGCUUCUCGCGCCGUGUGGAAGCGGCACGUUGCUGGAAGAGGGACUCGAUGAGUUGGAGAUGCAUAUUGUAAACCCUAGAGCACUCACUAAGAACUUUUUUAAAGAUAUAUAACUCAUAAGCAAAUAAUGGAAGUAAAAUAAUGGAGGGUUUUUUUUUUUUUAGCUAAAUCAUAAAAAAUAAUCCAAAAGAAUGCAGGGAAAAGAGGGAAAAAAUGAACAAAGAACAGAUAGGACAAAUGGAAAACAACUGGCAAUAUGACAGAUUUAAGUCAAACCACAUCAAUAAUUACAAUAAAUGUAAAAGCCCCAGUUUAAAAACAGACAGGUGGGUUAGGUUAAAAAAAAGAAAGAAAAGCUCACUUUAAAUAUAAAGACACACAUUAAAAGUAAAAGGGUGGAGAAAAAUACAAACGCUAAUCGAAAGAUGGAGUGGCUAUACUAACAGACUAUUUAUUAACCACUUGGGUACGGUGCUCACCAGCUGCGAAACCGCGCCCACAGCCGACACUCACAGUCCGCACGGUGGUCUGUGCUGUGCAUUGAUGACAGAACCGUUUUGCUCUUGUGU